UUUCCGAUACCUGGCGAGGCGGACUGACUUGGAAAGCCAGAUGAGCUAGGCGAGACAACAACAAAAUUCGUCCAGAAUAAAGCGAACAUGUUUACAAGACCACUGUAUAUGGAUCAAACAUAAUCUAUUAUCAAAACCAAGAUGUCUUCAGGUUCAGGUGCACCUCGUGGUCCUGUUCCUGCUGAUAGAGAUCCUAACCAGGCUGAUGGUGACAGACAUGCUGAGAAGGGAGAUAACCAAGGGGAGGGUCAGCCAGAGUUACAAAGAUCUGGCAGUUCCAGUGGUAACCCAACAACAGCAAACCAACAAAAGUCUUCAAGACAUGAGGGAGAACAGUCACCUCAGGAUCAUUUUUCGUUUGGAAAAUCGGACCAGAUAGCUAAUAUAUCUGAUCCCGUGUCUGGUGCCUCAUACAAGAAUGAAGAAGACAAGGGACAGGCAACUAGCCGAGGUGUGGACUCCUAUGACAGAGGAGGUGGAGCUCAGGGCGGUGAUGUUGCUGCAGCCAUGGCAUCUCCAGAGGAUACACCAAAUCCUCCAUCAAGGACACAGGGCAAAAAUACUGAUUCCUGUCCAGACUUCCAGAACAUUGAUUAUUCGGGUCAUUUCAAAGUCAACCUUGUCUCCAGAGGCACAAAGAGUACAGUGUUAAAGAUGAAAACGGAGGAAGAACGAUUUGUCAAGUUCUGCCAUCUCUUCUAUUGUGAUUUACAGCUGUGUGCAGUAGAGGAGGCUUUACAGUCUGAUCUGAAACUUGAUGUAACCAAAGUGGGAUAUCCUCCUUCUGUCUGUACCCAGCCAGGGGCCUCAGAUCCUGUAGCUGUAACUGUAAAGAGUUUCCUUAAUAGUCUGUGCUAUCAACUUAGUGCUGUAAACAUUUCCUCCACCCCCUGGAAUAUAGACCAAGUCAGGACAAUUCUGUCUUCCUUGGACAGCUAUCGGAAGGGCAUUGUGAUUGGCUAUGAGGUGUCAGGUGAUGAAGCUAUCAACUACUGGCUAGCUGGUGAAGGUGGUUCCAUGAAGUCUGCCAUUGAGGUUUUAGAUCAGAGGCUAGGCCCUGGAAGUAACUCAGUCCAACAGUCAUCACAACAUCAAGAUAUGGUACCAAAAAAACCUGAUAGAGAUACAACUGACACAGGUAAUGGGAGUUCUUUUGUUGGUCAGCAGGAAAGGCUUAGUCAAACUGACAGUCGUCUUCAACAGACUGGUCUAGCUGUUAGUGGACAGAAACAGCAACAAGGACCUGAACAAAUGACUGAAAGGACACAUUUACAUCCUCAACAUGAAAGACUGAGAACUACAAACCAACAAUAUCAAUCUGAGGAAGAACAGGCAUCUGCUGAUUCUUUGAGAGGUAAACCUGGAGGUAGUGGAUCAGAUACUAGACCAGGAGGUAGUGGAUCAGAUAAUAGACCAGGAGGUAGUAGAUCAGAUAAUAGACAAGGAGGUAGUGGAUCAGAUAAUAGACCAGGAGGUAGUGGAUCAGAUAAUAGACCACCAGGCUUUAGUGGCCCAGGUGACGGUCAUAGUGAUCCUACUCAACCCCCAAUCGAAAGACAACAGGAAAGAAAUGGUGAUCCCACUAGACCCUCAAUGAGAGGCAGACAGGAAGAAUUUGGUGAACACAAUCAACCCUCUAUGGGCAGAAAACAGGAGGGAGAUGGUGAUCCCACUGGACCCUCUAUAGGCAGACAACAGAAAGGGAUUGUUGACCACACUCAACCCUCAAUGGGCAGACAACAGGGAGGAGAUGGUGAUCCACAUGGUACAGGCAUUACUAGAGAUGACAAGAGGACAGAUGUUCAAAAGGAGGCUGAGAACAUAGAGUCUGUCAGAUCUUGGAAGGAAGAACAUGGGGACAUUCCUUUUGCUGAUGGAGAUUCAGAACAUAAUUCAUCACUAACUGAAAACCAGAAAGAAUGGUCUGGUCAGAAUGCUAACAAUCCACAACAGGAGUCAACAAGUGCACCAGUGGAUCAAAAUAUUGACAGAUACCAAGGUCAAGGUCAAUUUGGUGUACAUGGAGAUCCUGUUGGAGCCCCAACUGGAGGACAAAAUGCUGGGGUGCAGAAUAUGACAGAGCCAUCCCCAGGUAGUGAUGACCAAUAUAAACUACCUCAGGGACAACCUCCUUCUACCAAACAUGAUGUACAUCACGAAACUGCAUCAUCAAUCAUUACUAUGAAAAAAAUUCUUGGUAGACUUGAUGAGAACAUUUUAUCUUCCUUACCAUUAAUCCUCAAGGAUCUAAGGUACAAAUUCAAAAAUGUGAAAAUAGAAUGGAAGAAAGGUCAACAUACUGUUAAUAUAACUGGGGCUGAGGUAGAUGUCAGAAGAGUGACUACAGAGAUAGUUAAUCAACUGAAGGCAGUAAAGGACAACAAGGUUGAAAUAAACAACAAACACAUCAAACAGGAGGCACUAAACAUGUUUAGAGAGAAGAGUGUAUUUGACUAUUUGAGAGAAAACAUAAGAAGUCAGGAGGUUGCCUGUCACCUGACAAAGAAUGAGGACCCUGCUGACGUGUACCUGUGGAUAUAUACAGCUGACACUGACAGAGAAAGAGCUGUCAGACUUGUCACUUCCUCUGUUGUCUGCAGAGAGAUUGAGCUGGAUUCUUAUUGGAAAUUAUUCCUAGAGUCACAGUAUGUACAGCAGGAGUUGUCUGACCUUCAGAAAGAGUACAGUGGUAGGGUUGCCAUAAAAACACAGCAGAGACUAGUGACACUGUCCUGUACAGCUGACAUUGAACAUAAAGUAUUGGAAAUUGUAAACAGAAUGAAGAAAGAUUUCUUCACAGAGGGAAAUAAAACAGUUGAGUACACAUCAGGUGGAGACCUAACAGUAGAACUCUGUACUAAAGUACAACAGCAUGAUAUUCAGAUGAUGGAAAAGAAAUACGGUGUUAAAUGCCAUCCAGUUAAAAAAAAUAGAAAGCAGGGAUGGGAAGUUACAGGGCCACGUGGAACAUUGGAGAAAGCUUGUAACACUCUGAAAGAACUUUCUGCGACCGUGACAUCGAGACACCUGCCUCUCGUGGACAAGAUCACCGAGGAUUUCUUCAAAACACAGCCAGGACAGGAUGACAUGGCUGGAGUUGGUGAGAAUACAGGAUGUCUGGUGACUUUGUUGGAACAGGAAGUAGCUGAUUCUACAGGUACCUUGGGAGAAGUGAGGUCUGACAUACAAGGUCUAGUGUCGGCUACAGAGCGGUCUGACAGGUCAAAUCUGGCCGGACGUCAGUGGAGGUCAGAAGAUGGCAGGGUCGUGGCUCUGUACUGUGGGGAUGGCAGGAACUCUACAUCUGAUGUCUUGGUAGAACUCACUCAGAAUAAAGGUACUCAAGCUGUCAGAUUUCAGCCUUAUCAAGAUAAGGUAACCGUUACUCUGAAUCUUCCAGAAUGGAAAGAUGGAAGCAAUAAAGAGAAAGAUACAAUUCGUAAACACUUUCAGGAGAUUAUAAUUAUGGCAGCAGAGAAGAAGUAUACAUCUGUGACAGUUCUUUUGGAUGACUGUGAGCGGUGUGGAUGGAAGGAAAGGAAAGCAUGUAUAUCGUUAGUCAAGAACACUCUGUAUAGUCUUCAGGCUGAAAAUGCCGGGGCCUGUUCCUGUGCCUAUUUUGUGAGGGACCAGGGAAUGUUCAUGGCAUUGCGUGAUGUAAUUGAUGACAGUUUUAGAAAUAUUACUCAAAAGUACCUGUAUAUAACUGAUGAAAAAGAUGAAGUAGCAUUGGAUUGGGAGCAUGUUGAUCAGUCUGAUAUCAAAGAAAAGAAACCAGAGAUAAUUAUACUCAAAGGAGAAUUAGCCAAGAUGACGAGUCAGGUAAUAGUGAACACAACAGAUACAACACUAAGUCUGGAUUAUGGCGCUGUAUCUGCCUCCAUACUAAGGGUAGCAGGACCACAGAUACAGAAGGAAUGUGACCAGUACUAUAGUGGUGUGAAGUUUGGGGAGGUAGUCAUCACACGUGGGUACAAGUUGAAGUGUAAACAUGUGUUCCAUGGAGCUCUGCCAAGUUAUGUAAAGGAUCGACAACUAAAGUUUAUGAGAUCGUUUGUAUGGGGAUGUCUGACUGAAGCUGAUAAGAAGAAAUACAGCACCAUAUCCUUCCCUGCCCUGGGUACUGGAAACCUUGGUUAUCCCAGGGAUUUGGUGGCCAAGACCAUGUUUGACACAGUAAACAGCUACUUCAAUGAAGGGAAGGAUUCCAGUAUUGAGACUGUUAGCUUUGUGGUUUAUCCCAAAGAUACACCAACUGUCAAGGCCUUUCAAGAUGAAGAAAAAAAGCAAAGACAAAAAGUUUUGGAAGUAACAACCCGUGUGCCAACACUCCCUGUGUCGGAGAAGACCAGACUACAGCUUAGGUAUGGAGAUGUUGACCUCUGGGUGACUGUCGGACAGAUUGAAAGGGCGGCUGCAGAUGGACUCCUCAUCUUCUGGGAUUCCACAACACUCUACAAAUCACCCUUGCGUUGUUCCUACUUUAAUGAAAACAUAAAUCCAGGAGGAGUCAAUGUUUUGCAGAGCAAACGAGAGUUUCUGAGCAGCAAAGGCAUGACAGUUGUGACAGUUGCAGGCUCUCUCCCAUUUAAAGCAGUAAUCCAUUGUCUGAUAAAGGGAGACAAUAUUGACUUACAAACCGUGAUGUCAGUAUUGGCUGAAGCUGACAGCUGCAGAUGUACUUCUGUCAUCUUAUCUCUUGGCACAAAAGAACCAUUGACAAGAUUGAAGGCACAAUUUGUGAACCAAUUCCAUGAUGCACUGAAACAACUUGAUGGAAAAAACAAGGCCUUGAGAAGAAUGGAAAUAAUGUUGGAUUCAGUAGACACUUACAAGGCCACAGAAUCACAUAUCAGGUCUACAUAUGCUGAUAGACUAGUGGAAAAUAGGACUGUCACUGGUGAAGAGCCCUUAGGAGCUACUGGGGGUGUCCAGACCAGGAGUAUGACAAGGGAGACAAAUGCUCAGCAAAGAUCUGCUGGAAACUCCACAAAGAGAAAUUUGUUAGUUGCUGGCAAAUUGGACAGCAUUGAGAAAGCCAUUCAACAAUUGAAAAACAAAAUCAGCAAUGUUCAGGCACAAUAUCAGACUGAACUGACGCCCUCUCCAACUGGUACCACCAUUGAUCAAAACUCGCCUAAACCAGAGCGGCCUCCACGCCGAUCCAAACCUGUGGGAGAUACUAAACCAGCACCAAAGGGUAGCGGAGCACAGGAUGAUGACAGUUCUUCACCUGUAACUGAAAGCACAAUUCUUAAAAAGACAGAAUAUGAAGAAAGGCGCCUGGUACUAAAAUCCAGACCUCCUUUAACACUGGACAAAUCUAGCGUGGAAGUCUGGUUGAAGAAAACCGGUUCUGAGCAGUUUACAGUUGUUUGGCCAUUCCUGCAGGACACAGAAGCACUCAUCAUAUUCCAGUCUGUAAACGAUGCUAAGAAACUGUUGAACAAACCCAGUGAUCAAUAUACUGUGAAUGAAUUCCCUGGCCAGACUGUUCAAAAUUUGAAAGCAACAUUGAAAACAGCCAUGGUAGAGACCAUCAAGAAAUACAUUGAGCCUAAAAAUAUAUAUGAUAAAAUGUUUAGGGCAUCUGGAGCUACAUGGUGUGAAAAUAACGGAACCUGUUUUCUGGAGGGCAGCUUACCAGAGAUUCAAUGUGCAUACGGAUUUAUAGUCCAACUCAUAGCUGGUGGAAAUGUUGGCCGGGGCAACCAACAGAGAAGCAACACAGACGGAGAUCGAGAUGGUGCUGCCCAAGGUGGUACAAGGAGAGGUGAGGGACCAGAUAGCCGAGGGAAUGGACAGAACAGACACACCAAUCCAGACAUCUCUAACAGCGGAGUAGUGGAGUCCAAAGAUGGUACAAGGGGAGGUGACGGACCAGAUAGCCGAGGGAAUGGACAGAACAUACACACCAAAGAUGUCUUUCAUGGAGGAGCUAGAGGUUCUUUUAGCGACACCACCACGGGACACGAAAGACAAGGUAGUGAUGGUAACACCUCUCUUCACCACAGAAACAAAAAUGAUGAAACCCAGUCUCAGGAUAGAGAAAGUCAUAGGGGAAGUAGGCACAGUCCAGUUUUUCAUACAAAUAUCAACCACGAUAAUGUCACGCAAACUACAGAAUCGAACAACAAAUCUGUGAGAGGCAAUGAAAUCUUUCAGGACCAAGAAUGUGCUCCUUAUGGGAGAGAACAUGUUGGUCACCCUCUUCAAAGUUUUGAUGGAAAUAAGCCUGAUGAUAUAGAAACUAAACCACACACAACAGGCAUCCAGGGAGAUCCAAAAGGUUAUAGGGAAGGAGCGAUUAAGAAGACAUUGUACAACGAGAGGGAAAGUAAGAACAUUUGGUAUAGUGAUGAAGAGGGACAGCCUAGUGAUAUAGGAAAUGCCAGCCUAAUCAACAACAAAGGAAAUCUUAGAAGUAAGGAAGCAAAGAUGCAUCAUAGCGAGGAGUACCAAUCAGGAGGGUUCGAUAAUCUGUCAAGAGAAAAUGUAGAUUAUAAUAAUGCACCAAAGUUUCACAUGUCUGAUGAUGGAAGGGAAAGAGGAGAGCAUGACAAAUUUGUUCAAUCUAGGAAACGUACAGAUGAAGGCAGCAGCAUAGAAACUGUGACUUGUUCAGCAGAACAGUUCCACAAGAUUUGCUUUUUUAAUCCAGGAAUUGAAUCAGCAGCAAAAAUUGUUUUCAAUAAAAAUCGUACAGAAUGUAAUAUAACUGAUUUGCAUGGAUACUUCAAGAAAGCAAAGAGUCAGCUGAGUUCUUAUGCUAGAAGAGAAAUUGACAAUCUCUCUAAAACUGAGAGGGGAAAGUUCAAAAAGCAUUUUGAACAUGAGAAAAAUGACAUGGAUGUGAUGAAACUGUUUUGUGAGUACAACCCUAGUAGUAAUCAAAUCAGACUUGUUGGAGAGAAGUAUGACGCUGUUCAGCAGGCUGAGCAAAGGAUGUUGGAAGCCAUUGGACGGACAGGAAAACCAGAUCAUGGAAAAGGAUGUGGAAUCCAACCAGAACAGUCAUUAACAAAAUCAUCUUCAAAGGGAAGAAAAAGAAAUUUGUCACCACCUGAACUGUUGCAGACAAAGAAUGGAGUACGGAUGUUCGUGUACCAAGCAGACCUCUUGGAUCUAGACGUGGAUGCCAUUGUUUAUGGAGCAAACUCUAAUUUAAGCUAUUCUAAUGGUCUGCCAAAACAGAUUGCUCAAGCUGCAGGUCCUAAAUUUGAGGAAGCAUGCAGUAAUAUAUUCGCUGAAAGAGGUAAACUAAAUGCUGGUGAUUCUUGUUUUUCUACUGCUGGGCACCUUCACAAUCAAUACAUCAUCCAUGCAGUUGCUCCAAUGUGGAGUGUGUACAAGAAAGAGAAAUUGCAUGGAGAAAAUAGGAGAAUGUAUCAGGAUGAUCUCUGUAAGACAGUCAUGAAUGCUUUGGAGGAGGCGGAUAACAUUGGAGCUAGAUCUGUUGCCCUUCCUGCUAUUGGAUAUGGACAAUGUCCGUCAGAUGUACCGGCUGCUGCAGCAAGAGAAGCUGUCAAACUGUAUUGUGAAAAGCACAAGAACUCCACAUUGAAAGAAAUCCACUUCGUGGACAGGAACGAGGAUAUUCUAAAGAAGCUUUCCGAUUUGCUUCUGUGUUCCAGAGAAUUGAAUGUUGGAGCCUCAUUUGUACAUGGAACUACCAGAGUUAGCAGCCCACAAAAUAAAGCUGGUGUUCCGCAAGGACCUCCAGUCUCACCACAAGUCUAUCCAAAAGUCUAUCCAAGUUUGAUAUCAAAUCAUGCCACUGGUGGAACAUACAUGCUGUCUGAACACCUAAGUGUGUGUAUUAUGAAGGGAACCUAUGUUAAAACAAAGGCUACAGCACUUGUUAGUAUUGAGGAUGAACUAUUUCAAAGUGAACGAUACAUUGCAAAGGAAAUCAGUAAAGCAGCUGCUGGUAAACAGUACGAAAAGGAAAUAGACACACUGCGAAAGGGAAAUAGCCAAUGCAAGAUUUCAGAUGUUUUUCUUACUGGUGCAGGGAAAAUAAAGAAUGCUUCACAUGUACUCCAUGUAAUAGGACCAGUUGCUGACAAGACCAUAUCAGGAAAUUCCGAAUUGUUUAAGGGCUUUGCUGACAACACUAGAGCAUGUAUAUUCCAAAUUCUCAAGUUGGUUGAUAAAAAGGAGCUGUAUUCUGUUGCUCUGCCAACUUUCGCAUCAGGUACACUUCAACCUGGACAAACAGACCAAUUGUGGGAAAUCUGUGUGGAAGAGGUCGAGAAGUUUGCAACCAGGCAAGAUCAAAAUUCAAAAUUGAAAAUUAUUUUUCUAGUGGGCGGUUCUAAUGAAGUACAGUUGUUAUUACAACUAUUCAGUUCCAAAGUAUAAACAAUGGAUGAAUGAUUUUGUUGUUACUUGCUUGUAAAUUGUGUACCAAGCCUGAACGUAAGAAAAAUAUGAUGAUCCAUGGCAACGUGACCUAACACCACUAUUUCAAUUUAUCCCCUCAUUCAUCAAUGCGAUUUUCAUCCAGAUUAGACGAUUUCUA